AUCUGCCCAGUAGCAGCCAGUAGCAACGGAAGCAUCUUUGCCCCUCUGGUAGCAUCAUUGCCAACGACCAGGAACCUAUGGAGAGAAAAGAAUGGACGAAAAAGUUCACAAGAUUUCAGGCAUGCUGUCGAGGAUACUUGGUGAGAAGGGCAAUGAAAUAUGUGCGAAGCGAAUACGAAGAUAUUGUCAAAGAGAUAGAGGGAGAUCUAAAUGACUUGCAGUGGAAGGGGGGCAUAAUUGAAAUCCCUAUAUUUCCUGAAGAGAGUGUCUCUUUUUUGGGCCUCGGCAGACAUGCAAAGGUUCACUCCAACACACAGCCUGAGCGUGAAGUAGAGAAGAAACAUGUGCCCCCGCACAUUGAAAUGAUUGAGCCAGAGAGAGACACUCGCCCCAGUGCCAGUGCAGAAGGAGUCUCCAGGCUGCCGAAGGUGACAACCAGCCUGUCAGAUGGAGGAAGAGUGGGCGAAUCAGAACCAUGCCAGGGAGCGGCAAGGGAGGGGACGCACACAGAGGAGAACAUCAAAGACACCACUGCCGCUCUGAGUCAGCUAGGACUGGAUCCAAGUAUUAUUCAGAGAGACUGCCUUCGGCGCUCCCUGGACAAAGACCCACCUCGGACUCGUGAGGAAGCGCGGACGCUCCGGAACAAACUUGCCAUGGAGCUGCUGUGGAUUCAGCAGGCCAUUGCCAGCCGCAAGAAAUACUUGACCCUGAGGAAGAACCUGGAGGACGGCACACAGCAGUUGAGUACAGCGGCCUCAACAUGAGGGACAGAAACUCUGAGAGUCCUUCAGUCAGUGAGCUAAUGGUACAAAAUGAUAGCUUGGACAGAGAAUGUGUAUAUCAUUUCAGUGAAAUGAAACUAUGUGCUUUUUUUCCCCUAUGCAUAAAGUGUGUAUAUUUUGUUUAUAGAAUUUGUACUUGAAUAAAAUAAUUAUGUUUAAACUUUACACACUGUUUAUCCAUCGGUUCACC